AGAAGCAAAAAAUUACCAACAUUGAAGAUGAGCCUAACCAACCGUCACAACCUGCCACCAACAACAGCCUGGAACUAACACAGGUGAAGAAAAACCAUAGUGGAGCCUCUCAAAAUUUCAUUAAUAAGAAUUUUGUGAAUAAAAAUAAACUAACCACAAAAACUAAUACUUCUCUAACGGUUGAAUUAGCAGAUGGUAGAAAAGCAAAAACAAAUAAAAUAGUUGACAUUACCAAACUUGAACUAGGUCCUUAUAACACCUCUGGGAUUUCUGUACAAGUACUAAAUCUUCAAUGUUACGACACCAUACUUGGUAAACCAUGGUUGUAUCAUGCCAACCCCAACAUUAAUUGGAGGAAAAAUAUUUUGGUUUUCCAGUAUGGGACUAAAACCAUUGAAGUACAAGCGAAUUCUCAAAAUAAAUUUAAGGAGCCUAUACCUAUUGAAGAAGAAAUUUUUGCCGUGCAUAUUAAUAGAGAACAUAAUGAAAGUGCCAGCUCCCAACCACCUGAGGUUCAAAAGAUUCUUCAAGACUUCGGUGAAGUAUUUCCUGAAACAUUACCAAACCAUCUGCCUUCAGAACGAACAGUUGACCAUGCUAUUGAUCUUGUACUAGGGUCAAAGCCUCCAUUUUGCCCUAUUUACAGAAUGUCCUAUGAAGAGUUGGAUGAGCUAAAGCGUCAACUAACUGAUUUAUUAAAGAAAAACUUUAUUAGACCUAGUACUUUCCCAUUUGGUGCCCCAGUUCUUUUCAUUCAUAAAAAAGAAGGAACCCUCAGACUCUGCAUUGACUAUCGCGCUCUCAAUAAAAUUACCAUCAAAAACCGAUACCCACUUCCCAUAUUGACUAAUUAA